CUUCCUGUCCCUGUUGCAACACCGCCCGCCACUCUCCCUUCCCCUCCCACCUUCUCUCUCCUCUCUGCUUUAAUUUUCUCCUGCCCAGACGGCGCUGGGGACCUCCUGGGCAGACCCGUGCGACUCCGGUUGCUGCCGUGCCGCUGGCGCCGCCACCACCACCGCCGCCGCCGCCGCCGCCGCCCCGAGCCCCAAUGGGGGAGUGAAGCCCACAGCCGGCCCGACAUGGGCCUCCCCAUCGUACCUGGCCUGCUGCUGCCACUGGUGCUUCUGAACGUGUUGGUGGGGAUACACCCCUCAGGGGUCAUUGGACUGGUCCCUCCUCUUAUGGACCGGGAGAAGAGGGAUAGUCUAUGUCCUCAGGGGAAAUACAACCACCCUCAAAAUCAUUCCAUCUGCUGUACCAAGUGCCACAAAGGAACCUACUUGUACAAUGACUGUCCAGGCCCAGGGCUGGACACGGACUGCAGGGAGUGUGAGAAUGGCACCUUUACUGCUUCAGAGAACCACCUCAGACAGUGCCUCAGCUGCUCCAUGUGUCGGAAAGAACUAUCCCAGGUGGAGCUUUCUCCUUGCACAGUGAACCAGGACACUGUGUGUGGCUGCAAGAAAAACCAGUUCCGCCAAUAUUUUAGUGGAAAACGUUUUCGCUGCAUGAACUGCAGCCUCUGCCUCAACGGAACCGUGAAUAUCCCCUGCCAGGAGAGCCAGAACACCGUGUGCAACUGCCAUGCAGGGUUCUUUCCAAGAGAAAAUGAGUGUGUCUCCUGCAGUGAAUGUAAGAAAACCCCAGACUGCAUGAAUUUGUGUCUUCCCUUACUUAAAAAUUUUCAGCCCCCUCCGGACUCAGGUACUACAGUGCUGUUGCCCCUGGUGAUCCUCUUUGGUCUUUGUCUUUUUUCCUUACUCCUCAUUGGUUUAAUGUGCCGCUACCCGCGGUGGAAGUCCAAACUCUACUCCAUUGUUUGUGGAAAAUCAACUCCUGUAAAAGAGGGGGAGCUUGAAGGAAUUCCUACCAAGCACCAAGACUCAGGCUCCAGUCCCUUCCUCAGCCCCACCCAACCCUCCUGCCCCACUGAUUGGUCCAACUUCAGGGCUGUGUCACCUCUGAGGGAGGUGACCCCAACCCACCAAGGGGCUGACCCCAUCCUCACCAUGCCCGUCACCUCCACGCCCAUCGUCACCCCGGUUCAGAAGUGGGAGGACACCGCCCGCAUGCAGCGCCCUGAUGCCGACCCUGCGACGCUGUAUGCAGUGGUGGAUGGAGUGCCCCCAUCGCGCUGGAAGGAGUUGGUGCGGCGUCUGGGACUGGGUGAGCACGAGAUCGAGAGGCUGGAGCUGCAGAACGGGCGCUGCCUGCGCGAGGCGCACUACAGCAUGCUGGCUGCAUGGCGGCAGCGCACACCACGACACAAGGCCACUCUGGACCUGCUGGGCCAAGUGCUCCGCGACAUGGACCUGCUCGGCUGUCUGGAGAAUAUAGAGGAGGCGCUGCGUAGCUCCUCCUCCUCCUCGCCCACAACCAGCCUCCUCCGAUGAGGCCACGCCCCCGCCUCGGGGAAGAACACUGUCCUUGUGACCGCUGCUUCCAACUCGCGCCUCCUGCAGGGAUGAUCUUGCAACAUGCCCCCUGGACCUCGUUUUCUGGAGAGAAAGGGCCUUGGAGGGGAAAGCGAGAGCCGGCAGCCGGCAGCCGGAGUCACUUACUCUGUGCUACCCGCUCCGUGUAUAUAGCUUUUCUCAGCUUGGCUGAGAGUUUCCAGAGCCCAAAGAGUGGUUUCUGGGAUAGGUGCACCAUGCCUCAUGCCUGUUUUGGGUGUGGGGGACCCAGCAAGACUGCCUAGGGGCUCCUGGUUGGUCCUGGGCCCUUUUUCACAAUAGAUAAGCAAUCUUUGAAUCAAUUAUAUCACACUAAUGGAAACUUGGCACCAUUUGCCCCCUGUCCAGGCAAGCACAGAGUAAGCUGAAUUGUCCCAAAGCAGGGGCAAGCACAGAACAAUGGGACUUCCAGCUGGAGCUGUGGACUUUUGUAAAUACACUAAAACUGGGAAAUUAAACCUCUGUGCCUGGA